UCAAGUUUGUUCUACGAAUUGCAUUAAGGUGGGCUUGAAAACAAGAGAGAGUCAACGACAUCAGAGUAAAAGAGAUAAAUAUAUAAUGUUGCCACCAAAAAUACAAUUUCGUAUUCUCCCUAAUAAUGAGCGUAUAAAUUGAUUUUUAAAGUAAAUUACCCUUGAAGAUACUUUUAGCUAUUAUUCUAAUGCCAAAAAAUAUACUUAGUUGAGAAAUAUUAGAUAUAAAAUUUAAUAUUACUUAUUAGAAAAUAUAUAUGGGGGAUUAUGUGUGGCAACACUAAUGUCCGGACGCCAUAUUGGUUUUGACAUUGUUGACGUCACAAGAAAAAUGUCUGCGGCCGGUUGCGCACCAUUUUAUCUUGUACUAAUGUUUAUUUGUAAUAAAUAAACUACUUCCAUUUAAUUCUACAUACAUUGAUAACGUUGAGUCGAGCUUGCUCCUCCGUUGCUGUGUUUUGGUGAAAUUAAGUGUGUAUUUGUGAGAUAUAGACUCGGUGUUGAGACAGUGACUUGUUUGAUUUUGUUUUGUGUUUAAUUCGCGAUGAGUUCACAAAAAGAAAACACAAGAAUCUGCUGCUUGUGUGGAUCUUCACCUUCUAAAGAUCCCAGCAUCACUUUGCAUCGGUUUCCAAAGCCUGGCACUAAAAAUGCUCUGCGUUGUGAAUUAUGGGCAAAGUAUUGCUUCCCAAACGAAGCCUGGUCUUCACCAAAAUUCCAGGACGCACUCCAUAAACAACAUAAGAUGCUAUGCAGCAAACAUUUCAAAAGCACAUGCUUUAAUGAGAAGAAGUUGUUCAGAACAGCUGUACCUGAUGUUCAAUGCCAAAAGGAUACAACAACUUCUAAUGUGCCAGAUCAAUCUGCCAUAUUUGAACCUGUUGCCGGUCCAUCCAGAAUGAAUCCUUUAACAGAACAUAAUGUAAACAUUAUCACUCCGACCAAUUCAGGAAUGUUUGUGUGCAAGUCUUCAAAACAAGAAAGUGACCAGAAAAGCAAAAUGUUGAGGAAACUGAAAAGUAGUAUGAACAAGGUGUAUAGAUUACAAAAAACUGUAAAACAUUUAAAAAACGAAUCUUUUUUAAAUGUUAUUUGUAACAAUGAGACAGUCCGAGAAAUCCUCAAUACAAAAAUGAGUUCGACAUUUGCACUGUUACUGCAAGGAGAACUGCAGAAUUAUAAGAGGAAGAAGCCUGGUCGCAGGUGGAACAUGGAGGCUAAAAUAAUAGCAUUGAGGCUCUACAAGAGGUCACCAACUAGCUACAAAUUGCUAAGGAGAAUGAUUUGUUUACCAGCACCCAGCACAUUAAAAUCCCUCUUAAGUAAAUUUAAGAUGAAUGUGGGGACACACAAAACAAUACUCACAAUUUUAAAAAACACGACAAAACACUUUGUCCCCUCUGAACGUGAGUACAUAUUGUUGUGGGAUGAAAUGUCCUUAAGAAAAAAUUUAUGGUACAAUUCGAAGACGGAUUUAAUUGAAGGGUUUCAAGACCAUGCUACACAAGGUAGAUCUCCACAGCCAGCUUCAUAUGCCCUUGUAUUUAUGAUAGUUGGAGUCAGGAAACAUUUUAAGCAGCCAGUGGCUUAUUAUUUAUCAAGCGGUUCUGUCACAGCUGACAGACUUUCAGCUUUGAUUAAGGAGGUUUUAAAUUGUUGCUUUGAUGCUGGGAUAAACAUAUGCGCUUCAGUCUGUGACUUGGAUGGAGUCAACAAGAGAGCUCUAUGUCAAUUAGGAGCUUCUGUUGAGAAUCCCUUCAUAGAAGUGAGCAAUCACAAAAUUGUCACUCUAUUUGACACACCACACCUGCUGAAGUGCUUCAGAAAUCUUUUCAUGAAAUAUCAUGUAAGAUUUAGGACCAAUAUAACAUCAGACCACCAACAAGGAAUUGGAGUCGCUAAAUGGAGCCACAUCAAGCAAUUUUAUGAAUUGGACAAUAAUAAUCCCAAUUUUGUGUUUGCACCAUGCCUAAGUAAACAACACCUUGAGCCUAAUUCCAAACAAAAAAUGAGGGUAAAACUUGCGGCACAAGUUUUAAGCCACUCAGUUGCAGCAGAACUAUAUACUAAAAUAGCUGGAGGAGACAUGCCGACUGAAGCCUUGGCAACGGCUAAUUUAAUUUCAAGCAUGGACGAUUUGUUUGAUGGUGUAAACGCGUCGACACCAGACUUAAGGAGAGGAAAAAUAUUUUCCACAAAUAUAAAACACAAUACAGGACAUCUCCAAAUGUUCGAUAAAAUGAAAUUUUUUUUUAAAACCCUGGAAUUCUUGGGAUGCAGGGGUAAUCCCCCAUCAAAAGAUGGCUGGAUUUGGACCCUCAAUGGGUUAGAAAUGGUUUGGAAAAUUCUAAGUGCCAAACAUACUACAGUUAAAAGUUUAUCCACGAGAAGAUUCCAGCAGGAUCCUCUUGAAAAUUUAUUUGGAUGCAUUCGAUUCAACUGUGGAUCCAAUAGCAACCCAACAGUUGCACAAUUCGUUGCUGGAUUAAAAACAGCUGUAAUAAGCAACAUGGCACAUACUAGCUCAGGUAAUUGUGAGCUGGAUAGCAACAGUGCCAUAAUUACCAAUUUUAAAAAAUUAUUGACACCAGCCACAGACAUGCACACUGAAACUGAACAAUCGGAGUCUGUUAUAGAAAAUGAAAUUGAAGAAAAUAUUAUUUCCUCCCUGGAACAAAAUUUGGAGGAAGGAAGUAGCGAACUACAAGCAUGUGCUUAUGUCUGUGGCUUCAUAAUUAAAAAAUAUAAAAAUAUUUGUAAGAACUGUAAAAAUAUUUUAGUCUCCGAAACACCAGAAGAAGUGCAUAAUUUUAUAGAGUUUAAAAAUUAUGAUUCGGUAAAAAAUUCUCUUACAUACGCCUCUAAAAAUUUAAUAGAUUGUGUAGAAAAAAGUGCAAACAUAAUUAAUAUUUUUUUAGAAAAAGAGGCGUAUAAAGAGAAUAUAAAAAAAAAAAUAACACAAUUACUAAAGGACUCUAUAAAUUAUGUCUUCCUCGAAAAUUGUAUGGAGCACAAAGAAUUAAAUAUAAAUUAUAUAAUAAAUAGUGUCUUCCAUAUUAAUAUAAAGAGAUAUUGCAUAAUAAAAAACAAAAUUUAUUCCGAAGAUGCAUGUAAAUCUGCACUAAAAAGAAAAAUGAACAUAAUUAUGCAUAAAUAAAUAUCUUAACUAAUAUUAUAUGUGUGUAUGUGUGUAUGUGUUAAUGUUAAAACUUGGCAAGAUCGUUUUUCAAAAAUUUGUUUCAGCCCGGAACGAAAUACAUUGAUAUAUAGCUUUUGUUGUGUAGUAAAUGUUUGUAAAUAUCAAAAUAUAAUUGGUCUAGUGUCUUUCUCUUCCUAAUCAUUUCUAUAAUAAAGAAGAAAUAACACCAACGUUUAUUACACAAUAUGAUAGAAUAAUUUAAACCAUGUCUGUAAACUUGUUGUUUGUUAAACAAAUCGAUAGUAUUCUUUAUUGUAUAAUAACAUAGUCUUGUUUUUUAUAAUAGUAACACUUUAAAACUAACUAGAAUUUUUGUUUGUUUAUGUUUUGAUGUUGAAAUUGUAUGCAAUAGGCCCAUCCAUACUUGUUAUUUUGGACGAAAAUGUCUGAAAUACCUACCUAAAUUGAUUAAAUUCAUGUAUUUUAAAAUUCAUUACAUAGGUGCACAUACUUGUGAUUUAUGAACACCUUUUGUACCCUAUUUCUGGAAAUAAAUUAUAAUUAUUAACAUGCUAAAUAAAAAACUCUUGUACUGUAA